UCGUGCAUCUCGCAUCGUGUCUCUCUCUAGCCAACCCGCGUGUUGCAACACGCAGUUUGUCGGCAUGGCAACGAUCGGGUCUGAUGUCACGCGUGUGGUGCUUCGUUCCGCGAUUUGAACCUGAGGAUUUCUGAUCAGCCGAGCUGAUCGACACGACCAAUUCCACAUUUAACGUUGCUGGAUAUUUGCAUCGGAUGGAAAACUAUUUAGAAGAGACAUAUCGGACUCUACUGUUUGGAGCUGGGUGAAUGUGACUUCUGAAGGAAGCUGAAGAGUGGAUUUCAAAAAAGUUUGCAAGUGUGAGAUUCAGUCGAAGUUGUUGGUGGACUGUGUUAAGCCGGCAACAUCUAUCUGAAAGAGAAAUACGAGUUUGGACUAUUUGGAGCUGGAAGAAGAAUGUGACUUAUGAAGGAAGUUGGAACUAGACUUCAGAAUAAUUCAUAGUUGAUUGUAUGUUAUAUAUACGUAAAAGAUAUAAGUUUGAACUAGUUGGAGCUGGAAGAAAAAUGUGACUUCAGACAAGUUCUGAAAAGUUGGGAAGUUUGAGAUUUGGUACGUGAAGUCAAUAACCGUCUACCUGAGAAAUACAGAUCCAGAUUAUGUGCAGCUGUGAAGAAAAUUGUGAUUUUUAAUUGAAUCUACAGAUUGAAGCUCAGAAAGAUUCGAAAUUGAAUGAAAAGUAGAUUGCGAUCUCUGCAUUGAAAGUACUAUGAUUAACAAGAAAUUGUAACUCUAAGCUGUUUGAAACUGUGAGACUUCAGAUUGAAAAUGGAGAUUAGCUAAAAAAGUGAUGCUUGGUGGUUUGAUGCUUUUCUUGGUGUUCGAAGAAAUUUCAGACUGGGGUAGUUUGUUGUGAGUUAUGUUACAUUGAAGAAGCUACAAUUGAGGGAACUUUGGGAUUGUAGAGUAUGGAAGUUCGGACUGUGCUCAAGAAAUAAGUAGUUUGGAACAUUGAUUAAUGUUGAAGUUUGAAACCUGGAUAAUUGAUUUACUGUGGACUAUACUGAAUUAAAACGACUCUUUGAAGGAAAUGUGAUCUUGUGUUGGAGAAGAGAAUUGUGACAUUUAGAUUAGAAUUAAGUUUGCACAAGCUGCAUUGAGUUGCAGUAAAGCUGCGUUUGAGGACUAUGAAAGAUAUCUUACAUUGGGAAGAAAUGACUUCUAGGGAUUUCUCUUAGACGUAACGUGAUCUACUAAAAUUAAAAACUGUUAUCGUAAACUAAGUUUGAGCAAUACUAGUAUUAUAAAAAAUAGUUAAAGUAAAUGGAACAUAUAUUCUCGGUAAAAAUCGUACAUUGCUAAAACUAGUGUUUUUGUAUCUUACCCUCACAGUUCGCAAGACUUCACAUCAAACUACAUAGUCAUAAAAUCACCCCAAAUCAAUCACCGUGGUUAAAUAAUAAUUGCAAAGCAUUGUACUUUCUAAAACAACAAUUAAACUGAAGAUUUAAAAAGAACAGGCUUUUUUUUGAAGACCGAAGGAUCUUUGCGCAAAAAUCUCUUACGAAUCAUGGUGAAGAUUAUACUUCAUUGAAGAUAUCAAUCAUCGUUUAAGAAUCGACAAAAAUGGAUUCUAACGUAGAGGAAACGGAACUUGAUGUUGGAUCAGCGAGCGACGAACUCGAGUCAUCGAUAGCGGAAUCGAAAUUGACACGUCGACCAACUCCAAAACCGUUUACCAUCGAAAGUUUGAUAGGAAAUUGCGGUGCACAGAAAGGAAAUUGUGAUGCAACGUCUCAAGGAGAAAGAACGAAUGAAAACGAAGAGGAUUCCGAUAGAGAUAGAGAAUAUCUAUAUCAGAGACACUACCUGGCGACUGCGGCGGCAAGCGCUCUACCACCUGGUUUUGGUAUGCCACUCGGUUUAUACGGUGCAUGGCUACCAAUGCGGAUGUACGGUAGCGGCGGGACUUCCGGUGUUCCGAUGUUACCAGCGCAUACCUCUGCCAGUUAUCCGUCGCACCAGGAUCUCUACCAAAGUCGAUUAUCGCAGCAUCUGGGUACGGGAACUAAUCAUCUUCAGGGUGCAGCUUAUCCGGUUGCUUGUCAGCGCGCUACGAACCAUCGUGGUUCAACCAGCUUCACGGAUAGCGAAGAUGAUGGCAGCAUCGAUUCUCCAGCAUCUCCUGCUCAUGAUCUCUCCAAGUCCAGACAAGGUUCCGAAAAUGGCCGCGCCUCCGCAGACAGCGAGGACGAGGGUGGAGGACUGAGCGCGGUAGGGGACGGUCACGACCCCACGGACACCAUGUCCAGCAACGCAUCCAGCAACGUGAGUCCCGGAGGAUCUCUCGAGAACGGUCAAGGCACGUCCACAAGUGGAUCGAACAACAAAGCUCGACGCAGACGGACCGCCUUCACCUCAGAGCAAUUAUUAGAACUCGAACGCGAAUUCCACGCAAAAAAGUAUCUCAGUUUGACCGAAAGAUCGCACAUCGCGCACGCGUUGAAGCUAUCGGAGGUCCAGGUGAAAAUCUGGUUCCAAAACCGGAGGGCCAAAUGGAAGAGGGUGAAGGCAGGUUUGAGCGGAGGAGGUGUCGGUACCGGUGCAACCAGCAUGGCGGCAGCUGGUGCUUCCAGCAGACACAACGGAACUGCCGGACAACAUUCCGGAAGUGGAACCAGAAUCGUGGUCCCUAUUCCAGUGCACGUCAGUCGACUCGCCGUGAGAUCUCAUCAUCACCAUCUGGAGAAGUGUGCCAGGCCACCGAGAGUCAGGCCAAAUAGCGAGAGUCCGGCGUCCAGCACGUCAUCCUCGGUUCUGGGCGAUGCUCUGGGACUGGUCAACUCGUCGAUCAACCUAAGUGGACAGGUGCAAAGCCCUCUGAACAGCGGGGUCGGAAUUGGAGUCGGAGUUGGCCUAAGGGCCUUUACCGUGCCCUCUCAUCGAGGUGGACUCAGCUCUUCCGGCAGGUAGUGAACGGUAUAUGGUGAACCGUGGACUCGAACUUGAAGGAUCAUGAUGAUUCGUGAUUCUUUGAACGGUUUCGGAGACUAGUGUGGGUAGACACGGUGUAUCUUUGAUUAGGGUGAGGGAAGCGAUCAUGUUGGGUGAAGAUUGGUAGGUGAUUCGAGCAAUUAGUGUUUUGUUACUCGAGUGCUCUUGCGAAUGUUUAAAUAUUUGUGAAGUGAUAUUGCGGGUUCGGAAACAAAAUUGGAGCACAAGUUUAAAUUACAGAUAUAUGAAAAUUGCAGCUAGCGUUUAAAUUGUAGAUAAGUGAAAAUUGGAGCAAAGGUUCACAGUUAAAUGGAAAUUGGAGCAGUAAAUUGCAGUUAAAUAAAAUUUGGGGCAAAUGUUCAAAUUGGGUUUACAUAAAAAUUGGAUGAAGAUCCAAAUUCAUGUUAAACCAUUUCGCAUUUUGAUUCGUGUACAAGGUAUCGAGUUAGGCAGACUUAAAAUCGGAAUUCAGUUUUAAUUCUGUCUUGUAACAUUGAUAUAUAGGUCGCAUUUGUCGAACUUGAAUGACAUGUCCAAUACAGUUAAACUUCAAGUCUGACGACACAAAUGUAAGGCCACAAUCUAAGUAAAUGUUCGAUCAGAAAAAUUUAGUUAUGAAAAGAUAAAAUUAUUUCAAUCAAACUAUGUGUAGUUGCAUGGACAAUUAUAUGAAAAACAGACUUCUGUUGAAGCUUGUCAUCCAAUAGUGUCAUAAGCUGCAAAUGAUCAUAAUGCAAGAAAACCCAAACUAGUUUUUAAAUCAUAAAAUUAAUUACUGAGACUGAUUCUUAAAGAUGGGAUAACUCAGAUAGAGCCUGAAACUAUAAAGCAAAUAUUUAAACAUUCAGAUAUGACCUUAAGUGAUUAAUUGUCCCUUAAGUCCAAGGUCUUAAAAGAUGUAAUUGUAACUAAUGAUCGGAUCACCCACCAACCCCUCUCUACUCAUUCCGAUCAAGUAAUUCCGGAAUCGCCUGAUUUUCUAUCGCAAUCGAGAUCAAUCGAUGUAAAUAAGCGUCUCGAUCGUAGGUAGAACUCUGUAAAUAGCUUUCGCAUACAGCGUACCUAGACAGUUUCGUUCGUCAUAGGUCGUGUACUUGUAGAUAAUUUGCCUGCGUUAAGCGAGACUCCGCUCUAUCCAACGAGUGCUAUGUUACGGCGAUAUAUUCUAUCGAUCGAGCGUGCGAUUAUUGCAGCUGCAUCAAAGCAGCGAUGAAGCGGAAGACCGGCUGAAGUGUAUAUCGAGAGGGCAAUAAAACG